AUGGACUACAAAAGCGGCUACAACACCACCGGCACUGGCACCAACAGCCAGGGCAACCACUACUGCAACCGCGACUAUGGCAAUGGCGCCAACAGCUACCACUAUUCCAACACGUUACCUUCCUUCCCUGUUCUUGCUUCGACCAACGGCUCCUACUACUACUCCAACCCUGAUGGCAGCAAGUACUAUAACAACGGCCAGGGCUCUUCGGUUUAUACCCCACCCAGCGAACCGGCGAAGAAGUGA